AUGAAUAAUUCUACAAUGAACUUCGCCACACCUGAAGCAUCUACAAACUCCACGACUGAUUCCUUUUGGACAGUGGACAAAAUGAACAUUCUUCUGUACAGCAUUAGUUUGCUGUUUGGUCUUCCUAUAAACUCCUAUGUUUUAUGGCUCAUCAUCACAGGAACAGGAAGUGGAGUCACGUUUUUUAACCUAAAUCUUUCUAUUUGUGAGAUUUGUAACUGUCUGAAUAGCUUGCUCUCUAUAAUUGACAGUUGCAUUUGGUUUUCACAUCUCAAGACAUUAACUUGGUUUUUAUUAGGACUAGGUAUCACUGGUCGUCCUCUGUUUCAGUGUCUGAUGUGUGUUGAGCGUUACCUGGCAGUGGUUCAUCCUGUAACCUUUCUGAAGUACAAACCUCUCAGAUACAGAGCGAUCUGCUGCACUGCGGCCUGGCUAAUCACUCUUGUAUCUUGCACGUGUUGCCUAUUUACUCUAUUCUCACACUACAUUGUAUACCUGUGGUUCUUCUCACUGCAGUUCCUUCUCUUCCUCUCCAUCCAGUUGUUUUGUCUUGUGACUGUUCUCAGAGCUCUGAAACAGUCAGGACCAGGAGAGAAAGAAAAAAAGAGAGAGGAGGAAAACCACAUAAAGAGAAGAGCAUUUAAUCUCAUUCUAAUAACUACUGUGACCAUGAUUAUUAUUUAUGCACCAUUUUCUAUUUCAGCAUUCAUUGUCAUUCUAAGUCAACAGUAUCUUAAGGAACUUUUUUACUUUGGUUAUAUUUGUUUUGCUCUGGCUGGUUUUGUUCAGCCUGUUCUUUAUCUGCACCGUGUUGGAAAACUCUCCUAUCUUUGCCGUCUAUAA